GCGUGGCAGAGCUGGAACCGCCAUCGUAGUCGCAGGCAUGGCGGUCAAGUACGUCUUCUCGGCCGAGCACUGCGCCGACUCGACGUGCCUCGUCCUCGACAUGUACCUGCUACUGGCGCUUCUCCUGCUCGUCCUUCUCGUGCCAAUCGUACGCUGCGUCCUAUCGCGGGCGAAGCAGCGCCGCCUCUUGCGCAAGAUCCAAGCCAAGAACAUGGUGUCGAUCUCCGAGACGAUGAUCCGGAAGGACAUUGACAGCGCGCAGAUCCAGAGCAAGAAGAACAACGAGAAGCACGGGAUAGCGUUCCUCGCUGCGCGGAACGGGCUCUCGUCCUUCCUCGGCAAGCACUCGCGCGUCAAGAAGCUCCAGAAGAAGAUCACGAACAAGCUCAUGACGCACCACGACACGUCCGACCUCUUUACCAAGCCCACGUACGAGGAGAAUGCGAUUCUGGCGGUCGCGCCCAACUCGAUCCGCGUCCAGCAAGAGCAAGACAAAGUCCACAAGCUCCUGACGAUGCGCCGGGCCAGUCUCACCUCCAACGUGAGCUUCAAGGUCGCCGACAACGUGUUUGCGUCCGUGUACGAAGUCAAGCUGGCAGAAGUCCGCCUCGUCAAGCGCGUCGCGAUCGGGCCGCUCAGUGAAGUCUACGCCGGCGUAUGGCGCAACACGCGGGUCGGCGUCAAGCUGCUCAUGCCCCGGGAAACGUACCAGGAAGGCCUCGAGGAAGCGAUCAAGAACUUUCGCCGAGAGAUUUGGGUCAUGAGCCGCAUGAACCACCCGAACGUACUGCAUUUGAUUGGCGCGAGUCUCACGUCGAGCUGCUAUGUGCUCAUUAUGGAGUACAUGGCCAACGGGUCGCUCUACGAAUAUUUGCGGGACCCAAACAACAUUAUCCCGAUGCCGUUGGUGCUCAAUUGCACCUUGGACAUCAUUCACGGCAUGCACCACGUGCACGAGCAAGGCAUUCUGCAGCGCGAUCUCAAGACCAAGAACCUCCUCGUGUCCGACCACUUGGUCGUCAAGGUCGCCGACUUUGGCCUCUCGCGCUAUAAAGACAAGAUGUACGGCGAGUAUACAUUUGUGGGCACCCCAUUCUGGGCCGCCCCCGAAGUCAUUCGCCAUGACAAUUACACGGAAAAGGCCGACGUCUACAGUUUUGGCGUCGUGCUCUGGGAAAUGAUCGAGCGCAAGGACCCGUACCAAGGCAUGAACCCGCUUCAAGUCCCGCUGCUCGUUUGCCAAGAAGGUACUUGCAUCGCUAACGGUGGCCUUUCAAACCAGGGGUAGGGUUACGACCGGCCGACCUCACCAACCCAACGCCCGAGCUGUACAAGGAGCUCAUGACGGCGUGCUGGGACGUUGACAUGGACAAGCGACCCGACUUUGGCGAGAUCCUUCGGUCCAUGGAGCGCAUUGCGGAGCUCUACCAACGGAAUCCCGAGCCCGUGGCGCCCGAUGAAAUUAAAACCUCGGAGCGCGACGAACGCUUCAGCGACCUCGAAGCGCACGUCAUCCAGCGCCGGCGACGGGCAAGCGUUGUCGGCCGCCACGAUUUCGAGUGCUCGCACGAAGCCAUGGACCGCAAGAUCCCGAUCAAGCAGAGUCAGUCGCGAAGGGGCCCCAACUUUUUUCGCCGGAGCCAGCAGAUGGACCCGACGCGCCUCUCGGCUUGCAAUACAUAGUCGUCUUCUGACUCGAUGCAUAGUAGUAUUGUUGAUGCCAAUAUUGUGCAUACUGUCGGGCACUAGGCCGU